AUGGGAAGGCAGCCCUUCAUGGUUCUGCUUGACACUGGAGGAUGGACACGGUGGAUACCGUCGAUCAAGUCAACAUCCGCAGAAUUUGCAUACAGGAAUAAAUACACUGGACAGCCAGAAACUAGCAUUUCACUGAAUCAAGAGUUCGAAACCAGUUACUCUGGUGAAAAAUAUAGGGGACAUGUGGUGACGGAUGAGCUUUGGGUUGGUCGCGUUUUUCCGCAAUUCAAGUUCGUUGUAGUGAUGGAGAGCACUGGGGCAGUGGACAAAAGAGAAGGGUAUGACGGAAUAAUUGGAAUGAGAAGACCACCUUCAAAUGACGGAAGAUGUGAAUUCUCAAACACUACAAUUCUGGAUUAUAUCGUGGAAGCCGGCAUCGUGACUGAUGCCAUUUUCACUUUUCGGUUUUGCGGUGAAAAAGGUGUGCGCGGGGAUUCUUGGUUCAUACACGGAAAUCUGGAAUUUGGAGGGACCCGAACCGAAUACUACCAUCCGCCAAUUGUGAGUUUGUCACUAUAUCAAGGAACUCAGUGGGUGGUGGACAUCACUAGCAUAGAAUAUGGUGAUCUUCUGCUGUGCGAACGAUGUCUCGCCUAUGCGGACACUGGAUCACCGGAUACAUAUGCACCAGCUGAAGCAUCGAACAAAAUUUUGGAAACAUUAACUGUAGAUAAACAUGUUCAUGGGUUGCUGCACGUUCCAGCGCAUAAACUCAACCAGGUUCGUCCAUUGAGAAUUAAGCUGGCAUCUCGCAUUUUCACGGUGCCGUCUCAAGAACUUACAAGAUUUGUAAGUGAUUACCUGAGUGUCUUUGCUUUUCAAGGACUGUUAAUAUCUUAUGAAAUUUUAUUUGCUUAUAUGUGUUUGUUUUUAUAUUUCUUACAGGUUUGGAAUGUUGGAUUUUAUCAUUUUGCAAUACAAAUAGAGCCAGACACCAGUGAGAAGACCUGGACCCUUGGAGUGUCCCUUUUGCGGCAUUUUUACCUGCUAUUUGACCAACAAAAUAAUCAGAUGGGAUUCGCCGCACAUUAUAAUAAUUACGCCAGAAUAGGAACACGGCCGUUCAAACGAGCCGUCAUGCAUGCCGAAAUGGAACCAAUAGAUCCUGAUUCAACUGCGCGGGACGUAGAGGAUUAUUUGUAA